AUGGAUUCCUAUGCAAAUAGUGCACGUGAUUUGAAGAGUUUGCAGUCUGAUGUUAAAGAAGGUAGCUUGGCAAAGAAAGCCAGACAUCUAAGUCGAAACCGCCUGGAAGAUAUAGUUGCUUCUGUUGGGGAUGUUGGUAGUCGCCAAAGGUCUGACACUUCUGCUGUUUCGAAAGACCUACCAUCUCAAAAAGGUCUGGCGGCAGAACCUGCUGAGACUUCAUGUGCCUCUGGAAGCAAUCUCUCUACCACGCGAAACACUAAGGAGGAUAUUAAUAAGGGCAAUAGGUUGCGAGCAGCGGUUGAUGCUGCUCUCCGGAAAAAACCUAGCUUUGGGAAGAACCGUGGAUUGGAGCAGUCUGAUUUGCCGUCAGUGUCUAAUGUGGAUUCUAGUUGUGAUAGGACUCUUCAAAAUCUUCCCUCGAAGGUGCCUAUCAUGAGAGAUUGGCCUGUGGGAUUACAAGGAGGGCAAUCAAAUUUACAGACAGACAAGCAGGCGAUUGCAGUAAAUAAAAAACAGUCUACACUCGCUGGUGCUGAUGCAAUGGCUGCUCCUCAAUCUGCAGAGCCUGCAGUUCAUUUACAUUCUGUAAAGCCGGUCAUCAGAGAUUUGCCUGUGGGAUUGCAAAGAGGGCAUCCAAAUUUACAGACAGACAAACAGGCCUUUGCAGUAAAUAGAAAACAGUCUACACUCGCUGGUGCUGAUUUAAUGGCUCUUCCUCAAUCUGUAGAGCCUUCAGUUCAUUUACCUUCUGUAAAGCCGGUCAUGAGAGAUUUUCCUGUGGGAUUGCAAGGAGGGCAUCCAAAUUUACCGACGGACAAGCAGACGAUUGCAGUAAAUAGAAAGCAGUUUCCACUCGCUAGUGCUGAUGCAAUGGCUGCUUCUCAAUCUGUAGAGCCUGCAGUUCAUUUACCUUCUGUGGAACCGGUCAUGAGUGAUUUGCCUGUGCUUGACCCAUCUGUUCUGUCGACAACCUCAGCCAUCCCAGAGCAUGAAUACAUUUGGCAAGGGAACAUGGAGGUGCAGAAAAGCAGAAAUAUAUCGGCAAUGCAUUGUGGAAUGCAAGCAUAUCUAUCAACAUUAGCAUCACCUAAGGUUGCUGAAGUGGUGAAUCAAUUUCCAGUAAAAGUGACCUUAAAUGAAGUACCCAGGCUACGUACAUGGCCUUCGCAGUUUCAAGAUAUAGGUGCUAAGGAAGGCCAUGUGGCUCUUUUCUUCUUUGCCAAGGACAUCGAGAGUUAUGAGAAAUAUUACAAGCCCCUGGUAGAUAACAUGAUCCAGAAAGAUUUAGCUCUAAAGGGAAGCCUCGAGGGUGUUGAGCUUUUGAUUUUUGCGUCGAAUCAGCUUCCUCAGAACUGUCAGCGUUGGAACAUGUUCUUUUUCCUUUGGGGUGUAUUUCGAGGAAAAAAGGAGAAAUGUUCUGAUCCACUCAAGAGCAAACCUCUUUCGGCGUCUAAUGUUUUGCCAAAUAUGGGGAGAGUGUUGUCUACACGUGAAGGCUUUUACCAUGAAAAUCCAAGCAACAGAGAGUUCUCAAUUGACCGCCCAUCGAGCAGAAUGCAAUCGUGUUUGAAGGAGAAUGAUAAAGAGGGUGAAGCGGGCGGUGGAGUUAGUGGAGCGGUGGAAGAAACUGAGGAAGGAGAGAUCGGUUUUAGCCCACAGUUGAAGGAUGAGAAGAUUUCAGGGCCUAGGAGAGUAAAUUCAUCUGGCGUGAAUCAGAACGUGAACAUGGAUGAUCUGACUGGUGUAGGGUUGUGUGAAGGACCAGCGAAUAAAAAGCUGAAGACAGGCACAGGAGUAGAAACCAAAUGUAACAUAUUCAGGAGGGAUACACCUGGUCCCCAUCCCCGUGAGGAGGAAACUAUGAUCAAGAAGACUCCAGAUGCAGCUGAAAGGAUCGUGUUCCCUUUGGAUUUGAAUGAUGGAAAGGAAGACGAUGAUGAAAUGGUAGACGAUAAUCCCAGAGCACUGGGCAAUGACAGCAGCAAACAAAGGUCACUCGGUAUGGUCCCAAAUCUUGAGUUGGCUCUAGGAGAAGAUGAAACUACUACAACCACAGGAUCCGUCUUGCCCUUCAUGGCUAGACCAAGCGCCACUGAGAAACAUAGAAGUAGCAGUAGCCAGAAGGCAGAAGAAGACAGUGCAGCUUCUCUCUCACUAUCCUUAUCCUUCUCUCCCCUGGAGAAGGAACAACAACAACAACAAAGACAACAGCAGAAUCAGAGACAAGUGUCUGGAUGGGAACACAAGAAGCAGAAUGUGAAUACUCCUAUGUUUCUCUUCAGAAACUUCCCUGACAAAUCAUCAUAGGGAUUCUUACUUCUUAGGGAUAGCAACACACCAUCAAGAGACAUGGGAGAGCAUCUGCAGUAGCUCUGGAUCAUCUGUUCAUAUAAAUGAACCCUUCUUUUUCUUUGAACAGGGAACCUAUCUUUUAGUUUGGUCUUUUGGUUUCCUGAAGAAGGCUCAACCAAACCAGGACUCGCCACAACUAUGCACAUAUGAAGGCGAUGGAAAAAAAACAGAUGAGAAGAUGUCUGGUUCUGUAGACUGAUCUGCUUAAACCUAAAGUGUGUGUUUAUGUCUAUUUUUAGCCUUUACUCAUGUUCGUUAUAGAUAUACCAUAUCAGCGAGCAGCUGACAAUUUUAUUCAUACAUCCAGAGUAUUCAGAAAUUUAUGCCUAA